CCGGGGCUGGCGGCGAAGCGGCGCCCCAGGCCACCCCCUCGGGGCGCGUUGCCUCCGGGAGGUCGCGGGGCCAGGGACUCCCCGGGUCAGGAACCCGCCGGGCCUGGCCGGUUACUGACCGCAGGCAGGUCACUUCACCCUCCCGAGGAAGAGCUGACGGUGUUGGCUGGGAUUUGGUUGGAGGAUGAAAUGGAAAAGGCUGUUAGCGCCAGAGCUGCUGGUGCACGUGACUGAGUUUUCAAAGAAAACUGGAGAUUAUCCCAGCCUUUCUGCCACAGAUAUCCAAGUGCUGGCACUCACCUAUCAGUUAGAAGCAGAGUUUGUUGGGGUGUCACACCUAAAACGAGAACCAGAAAAGGUCAAAGUGAGCUCAUCCAGUCAGCACCCAGAAACUCCUCUAUACAUUUCUGGUUUCCAUCUGCCUUCAAAGCCUAAACCCCCACAAGAAACAGUACAAUGUGGACAUCCAGCUGCUGAGCCUGAGAACCUAGAAUUCAGUUCCUUCAUGUUCUGGAGAAACCCUUUGCCUAAUAUUGAUCGUGAACUGCAGGAGCUGCUGCUUGACAAAGGUGAUGAUGUUCCAAGUGAGGAAGAUGAGGAAGGAGAGAAUGGAUUUGAAGAAAGUAAAGACGAGAAUAGUGAUGAUGACGGGGGUGGAUGGAUAACACCCAGCAACAUCAAGCAGAUCCAGCGGGAGUUGGAGCAGUGUGCCGUCCCGAAGGGUGUGCGGGUUGGCUGUGUGACUACAGACUUUGCCAUGCAGAAUGUUCUGCUUCAGAUGGGGCUGCACGUGCUGGCAGUGAAUGGCAUGCUGAUCCGUGAGGCCCGGAGCUACAUCCUGCGCUGCCACGGCUGUUUCAAGACAACAUCUGACAUGAGCCGAGUGUUCUGUUCCCAUUGUGGAAACAAGACCCUGAAGAAGGUGUCUGUGACGGUCAGCGAUGAUGGAAGCCUCCACAUGCACUUCUCCCGCAACCCGAAGGUGCUCAACCCUCGGGGCCUCCGGUAUUCCCUUCCCACUCCCAAAGGGGGCAAAUACGCCAUCAACCCCCAUCUGACCGAGGACCAGCGCUUCCCUCAGCUGAGACUCUCCCGAAAGGCCAGACAGAAAACAGACGUGUUUGCCCCUGACUACAUCGCGGGGGUGUCUCCCUUUGCCGAGAAUGACAUCUCCAGCCGAUCAGCCACCCUCCAGAUCCGAGACAACACCUUGGGAGCGGGCAGGAGGCGGUUAAAUCCCAAUGCUUCCAGAAAGAAGUUUGUAAAGAAAAGGUGAAUUGCAAGCUCCACGAGCGGACAGGAUUGCCGUUGCAGCUGCUGGCGCCUCAGGUGCCUCAUUUCUCCAGCUGUUGGACUCCAGGGCCGUCUGGUGGAAACAGUAGGCCUGGCUUAUUAUGCAGUGCUGCUACCUAACACCUGGGGUGGGCCGGGUGGGGUCCCGGGUGGAACGGGACCAUCCCUUGGCCUCUGAGCAUCCAGAGACUGGGAUUCCUGCCGUAUUGAGGGGAGCUUGAUGAAAGCAGACAGAAAGUUGCCAUAGAGCAUAUCUUCAGCAUCCAAAGAAAGGAACUUCCAGCUGGUGAUAUUUUUCUAAUAAAUGUGGUUAUAAGCUUC